UCUUUCAAUCGUCUUUCAGUCUUGUAUCUAACAUUAGCUGUCUAUUAUUAGUGUAUUAACUGCUGAUAUAUCCAUGAAUAUGUCUUAGCUAUCUGACUAUAGCCCAGAUAGACAUUUCAGCUUUUAAAAACACACUUUCUUACCUUGGACAACACUGUACAACAGUAUUUUAUCAACUUUUCAAUUCAAAUUAUACAAAAAAUCUGAAAAACAUUUUCAAGAUGAGAGGAAACAAUGAUGCAUCAUCUUUUAUGUGGAAUCGAAGGAUGUCUAUUCUCAAAGUUUUAAUUGGAAUAUUGCUAAGCGCUAAUAUGUUUUAUUUUGUAUUGCGAUAUCGGGAAUUAAGUAACACUGUGCGGAUUCUCCAAGAGCAACAGAGACUCAAUAAUAAAGUUAUAAGGACGGUUGAAAAAGAAAAAGAACCAGAGAAACCGAAAGAAGAAGAGCCACAGCUAGAUUACUCACAGAAAAAAUAUUAUCCAUUUUUGUACAACGAACCGAACAAGUGCAAAAAUGAAAAUGGUGAAGAGUUACCAAUAUUUCUACUAAUCAUUGUCAAAUCAACAACUGCACAGUUUGAUAGAAGACGAGCAAUAAGAGCUACUUGGGGAAAUGAAACAUUAUUUAAAGGUUUAAAUAUGAGGAGGAUAUUUUUAUUAGCAAAAGGUAAUGAUGAAAAAAAGCAAGCGUUAUUAGAAAUGGAGCAAAACGAAUAUCAUGACAUAAUACAAGGAGAUUUUCAAGAUUCAUUUCGAAAUCUCACAAUUAAAGAUAUUAUGUUUAUGAGAUGGAUGACGACAUAUUGUCCUCAAGUUAAAUAUAUAUUCAAGGGAGAUGAUGAUGUAUUUGUGAAUCUCGGAAACAUUGUGGACUAUUUAUUAUCACUAUCUUCAGAAGAUGGAAAAGGUCUGUUCACAGGAAGUGUUUUAUAUCCUUCGCCACGGAUAAAAGACCCCAAGAGCAAAUAUUAUGUUCCGGUCAGUCUGUGGCCGGAAAAGUAUUAUCCACCCUAUGUAUCAGGUGGUGGGUUCCUAAUGUCAUCUGUAGUUGCAAAGAAAAUUUUUGAGGUAUCUAAAGUCACUCCUAUUAUUCCCAUUGAUGAUGCAUUUCUCGGAGUUUGCUUGCGAAAAUUGGGAAUGAAACCUCAGAAUCAUAAAGGAUUCAAGAGUUGGGGCGUCAAUCGUCCAAAAGACAUUUGUAUUUACAGAGAAAUAAUGACGUUGCAUAAACUUGGUAGCGACGAUAUGAUAGCAAUGUGGAAGGAAUUACAUAACUCAAAUUUUAAUAAUUGUGCAAAAACAUUUGAGGCUAAAAAAGAAAAAAGGUGAUCUUGCCACGAUCACUACUCAACACUGUAACGCAAAAAAAAAAUAUGAUGUUCCACGCACUAAUAAUAGAUUGCGCUGAAUUUCCUAUUGCAGUGGCUUAUUUCCUCCUAUGCUUCAUUAGAUUACGUCAACAAAGCAAAGGUUAGAGACGUUCUUCCGAGCAGUUAAAAAUUUAUGCUGAUAAGCGUACUGCAGAGUCUAAAGAUUUUUUUACACAUAAUCUGCGAGCAUGUGUCUAUAAUAGAAGCGUUGCAUUUUCUUCCACACAUCUGUGAACAAUAAUUAUUUCAUUAAUUGCCACUCUUGUCAUUUGUCGCUAGAAAUUUAUUGUAUGCUAUAUAUUAUAUAUAAAGAUAUAUAUCAAAAAAAAAACACAAAUUAACUUUAUUUUAGUAGGCAAUGCGGUCCACGGAAUUCAAAAUCAAUGCCAUAAAUAAAGAUGUUUCAUGUGCAUUUAGUUAUUCAAAAUUAUUCCUAUUUGCAAUGAAUCUAUGAAUAAUGUAGAAUUUUGUUGAAUAAGAUUUGACAUUUGUCAUGAUGCUACUCAAAAAUAACAGAUACAAAUUAUCAGAUGCUAUAACAGAUUUGUCCUAUGAGAAAACUCUUCUAUAGAUGAUCAGAUUCAAUACAAUCCAUAUUUCACAACUGAAAGGGCAGUAAUCUGAUAUUUCAGUCAUUUAUUUAAAUCUCAAUUAUGGAUGGCUGAGAUGCAAGCUCUGUUUUUGCUUUUCUAUGAACAAUUAUUUCAAUUUUUGUUUUACUUUCAUAAGUGUGAAUUUAGUUUAGUUAUGAAAUUUCGUACUUUGGUUACGAUUAUUGGGGUUCUACCAUUGUAGCAGUUUUCCCCUUUAUAUUGUUGAAAACAAACUCUUAAAUUCAGAGUUGUUUAAAGUGUACUAUUAUAUUUUAUUCGGGUUAAUCUUUUAGUGUCACCUUUCAAACCUCAUGGUUGCGGACAUUUUUCACAUAACUUCUGUCAAGUUGCAAGACUUUUUAACCAUCUUAUAAAACUGAUAAGCAUGAGUGUCAAAGAUUCAUCAUAACCUUUCAUUAUAAACAGAUUAUUCUUUGUAUGUUUUGAUCCAUUGUUCACAAAUUUCAUGUGGGCUAAUUUUUAUCUAUCUAAAAUCAAAUACUGGUUCUGAAUUUGAAUCAUAAAAUUUCUUUGAUAAAAUUUCGUUUGAUACACAUAAUUACGUCUGUCUCUCAAUUUGGUAUUUGCACCUAAGAAUGUAGAAGUCCACUGUACAUCUUUUAUAUUGUAGUUUAAUUAGUUGGAAGUUAUGGCAUCGCUAGUCCAAAUUGCCUUUCCUCUUGUUCUACCAUACUUUUCCAAAGAAGCUAUGAUUACCAUGUCUAUAACUAUUGUUAUUUAUCUUAUCACCUGAUAAUUCACUUCUAUAUGCUAUGUUUCUGUAUAAAAUCGAUCUUCGGAUACUUCCAUACUUAAACACUUUUUUAUGAAAACUUUUUCAUGCAAAGUCUUAUUUCAUCUCAUAUUUCCUUAUUUAGUUUAGUUUUCUCAUAUCAGUAUUUUUAUAUGAUGCGGAAAAUUGUUUUGUCUCUGAUUGUAGUGAUAUUUAUUUUGCAGUGCCUUGCCAACCAAUUGUAAUCUUUUAAAUCUCAAUGUAGGUUCAUGUAGGCUUGCAUUGUUAAAUUACAUUUGCUGCUUAUGUUUCAAAUUUAGCAGAAAUUCCAAUAUAUUAUUAUUGCGCGCUCUAGAAGUAUGUGUACCAAUAUGGAGGUUACUAAUUUUGUUCGCCUACUCUACAUCAAGUUGUAUUAAGAGAUGGAAGCCUAUGGACAUAUUACUUGGCUAACACAAACAUUCCCCGAACUCGUAAUAGAACUAAAAUAAGGGAAAACGGGAUAAAAUCAUGGCCUAAGCCUAGCCUGGUACAUAUACUACUGGAGUACCUUAAUACCAAGUAUAUUCACUCUUGUUACAAUAAUUUUUAUCUAGAUGUGGGCUUGCUUUGUGAAAAAAAAUUUUUUUUAUGUUUCAAAAUUUUCGGGAAUACAUGCAGCUCGUAGUUAAUUUCACUCUAUUUGAUAUGCAGUUUUUACUUGAAUACUUGGUAAUUUGGUUGUUGUGUCAAAAUUAUAUAAUAAAUUAACCUGGCAACGAAGCACUAACUAACAUAAUAAUCUUCCCCCAUUGUAAUAAUGGACUUGUACCCCCGAUUUAAUACUGCCAGCUUCAGACCGAAUCAGUGUUGAUAUUUCCGUACUAAACACGGUAACUGAGAGCCCAUCAAACAUGAUUGAAAUUAAGUUGGAGUGUGGUACCUAAAUAACUGAUUUACCCACAUUCAUUUUUAUAUAGCAUUUUACAUGAGAGUGUGAUUUAGGUGAGCGGGGAGAUGAAUAUCUAGGUUCGCUGAAAUGCAUGUUAUUCCUUUUUCUUCCACAUCAUAUGACUUUGUGUAGUUUCGAUAGGAAUUGAAUGAACCUUAUUUUAUAGAAUAGUGAAAUUUUGUUACUCCAUUUCACUUAUUGCUUCUCAAAUAUAUCUUCGUACUACUGACCUUAA